GGGCCGCGGCUGUGAUUGCGGCCAGCCCAUGUCAGUCCCGGAGCCGGCGCGAGUGGAGGGGCGCGCGGCCGGGCUGGCGGCCGCAGGAGGGGCUGCUCACGGCGACGGACCUAGCCCGGGAGCCCCGGAGCCCCGGAGCCCCGCGGAGAGUGCCCAGGAUGCCCCGCGGGGACUCCGAGCAGGUGCGCUACUGCGCGCGCCUCUCUUACCUCUGGCUCAAGUUCUCGCUGGUCAUCUACUCCACGGUGUUCUGGCUGAUUGGAGCCUUGGUCCUGUCGGUGGGAAUCUAUGCAGAGGUGGAACGACAGAAAUAUAAGACCCUUGAAAGUGCCUUUCUGGCCCCGGCCAUCAUCCUCAUCCUCCUGGGUGUCAUCAUGUUCAUUGUCUCCUUCAUUGGCGUGCUGGCUUCCCUCCGUGACAACCUGUGCCUUCUCCAAGCUUUUAUGUACAUCCUUGGGAUUUGCCUCAUAAUUGAGCUCAUCGGUGGCGUGGUGGCCUUGAUCUUCCGGAACCAGACCAUCGACUUUCUGAAUGACAACAUUCGAAGAGGAAUCAAGAACUACUAUGACGAUCUGGACUUCAAAAACAUCAUGGACUUUGUUCAGAAGGAGUUCAAGUGCUGUGGCGGGGAAGACUACCGGGAUUGGAGCAAAAACCAGUAUCACGACUGCAGUGCCCCCGGGCCGCUGGCCUGUGGGGUGCCCUACACCUGCUGCAUCAGAAACACGGUACCCACCCCGGCCUGGCACCCGCCUCUCGUCUUUCAGGAAAGGGGGCGGGCAGGAGGUGGUGGUCAUUGCCAAGGCGUCCCGGGUCUCCAGGGCCACCGGAAGGGACGGAAGUGGUCAACACCAUGUGUGGCUACAGAACCAUUGACAAGGAGCGCCUCAGCGUGCAGGAUGUCAUCUAUGUGCGGGGCUGCACCAACGCUGUGCUCAUCUGGUUCACGGACAACUACACCAUCAUGGCGGGCCUCCUGCUGGGCAUCCUGCUCCCCCAGUUCCUGGGGGUGCUGCUGACAUUCCUGUACAUCACCCGGGUGGAGGACAUCAUCAUGGAGCACUCUGUCACUGAUGGACUCUUGGGGCCCGGCGCCAAGCCCAGCGUGGAGGCGGCAGGCACAGGAUGCUGCAUGUGCUACCCCAAUUAGCGCCCCCGUCUGGACCGUGCCGGGAGCGCACCGCUCAGACCACAGCACGGGGGGCUGGACAGGACUGUGGAUCCUCUCCCCCACUUGGCACUGACCAAAACCCUGGCUGUGUUUGCUCCGGUGGCCUGUUCAGGCCUCCCUCGGCCACCGUCCCUCUGGGGAGCGGAGCCCUUCCCCAGCUCUGGGGUCCUGUGCCUGCCCACCCUCCUCAGCGUGGGGAACAAGGGCGCCCCUUCUCCAGGCCCGGGCCGCCGCGGAAGGGGGUGCUCAGCGCUCAGCUCAGGGCCCGUUUCAUUUCUGGCAAUGCCAUGGCCUGUGGUGUUUAUGCCCCUUUGAGGACAAUUUUGUAGUAAUUCGUAAGCGAGGACGGAGGAGACCGUGUGUGCCGUGUGGGGGCGGGGAUGUGGCCCCCAGGGCCCCGGAGUCCCUCAGCCACGCCCCAGAGGCCAGAUUGGGCUCAUAUCACAGCCUCAAGGGACCUUGAGCCUUCCCCAAGGCUGCUGCUUUGCUGACCCCAUUUUCUACGUGAUUUUGUAACAUUCAUUUUGUACACAGUUAACAGGAGUUUCUGACUAAUCAAAGCUGGGUGUUUCCCCACACACCCCACUCUUGCCUUUCCAAGCCAGGUUAUUAAUCAAACAAUAAAGAUGUGAUUUUUUUUUUUUUUA